AUGGAAUCUGCCUCUGUGCCAUCUAAUGAACGAGCUUCUACAACUGGGUCUAAUGCUAAUUCUUCAUCUGUGAGGGCAAAAUGUGAUCCAGCAUGGGAUCAUGUAACUGAAGAGUUGAAAGAUGGAAGAAGUAGUUAUAGAUGUAUACAUUGUGGGAAAACUUAUAAAGGAGGGGGCAUUAAUCGGAUGAAAAGACAUCUAGCUGGAAUUAAAGGUGAUGUGGCUGCAUGUAUGGGUGUGCCUUAUGAUGUUAGGUUCCAAAUGGUUGAGAAUUUGAAGGAAAUUUCAAAAUCUAAAGAACAAACAAAAAAGGAUCAAGAAGCAUCUAAUUAUUCGCCAUUAGAGGAUUCACCAGAAUUUGAAGAUGUCCAAGAAAUUACUCCUAGAGGUAGGGGCUUAGGUAGGGGAAAUAGAAGUAGUCCUAGUAAUCCGCCACCAAGAUCCAAUCUUGGCAAGAGAAAGGUUGGUGAUAUUGGUAAUUACUUCGCUCCUAGGACAACACCGGGAGCUCAACCUUCUAUUAAAAGUGUGCUUGCUGGUAAAGAAAAGAAGCGGAGGGUUGAUAUGGCUGUAGCUAGAUGGAUGUAUGAUGCUUGCAUUCCAAUUAAUGCUAUGAAUUCUAGUUAUUAUCAGCCUAUGUUCAAUGCUGUAGCUUCUUAUGGUCCUGGAUAUAGAGGCCCAAAUUAUCAUGCCCUUCGAGUGCCUUUGUUGAGAGAAGCAAAAAGAGAAGUUCAAUUGAUUGUUGAUUCUCAUCGUUCAUAUUGGGCUGAUACUGGUUGUACAAUAAUGGCUGAUGGGUGGACUGAUACUAGGCAUAGAACAUUGAUUAAUUUUCUUGUCUAUUGUCCUAAAGGUAUUAUCUUUAUACGUUCUAUUGAUGCUUCUGACUUGGUUAAGGAUGCUAUUAAUUUAAGCAACUUGUUUGAUGAAAUUGUUAAUUGGGUUGGUCCUGCAAAUAUAGUACAUUUGGUCACUGACAAUGCUGCAAAUUAUGUAGCUGCUGGAAGAAUUUUGUGUGGAAAAUAUAGAAAUAUUAGUUGGUCACCUUGUGCAGCACAUUGCCUAAACCUAAUUUUUAAAGAGAUUGGGAAGAUGGAUCAUGUAGCUAAACUUGCAAAGCGUGCAUCCAAGAUCACUGUGUUCAUUUAUAACCAUGUGGCUUUGCAAGCUUGGUUGAGGACUAGAAAAAAUUGGACGGAAAUUGUGCGUCCAGGGCCAACUAGGUUUGCUACUACUUUCAUUGCCUUAGGGAGUCUUAAGGAACAUAAGCAUGACUUACAAGCAUUGGUGACUAGCAAAUUUUAUGUUGAAUCAAAAUAUGCAAAAGAUAAGAAAGCAAAGGCAGUGGUGAAAAUCAUUCUUGAUAAUCAAUUUUGGAAUGAUUGUCAUGUAAUUGUGCAUAUUAUGUCACCAUUGAUUCGUUUAUUACGCAUUGUUGAUUCUGAUGAAAAACCAGCUAUGGGUUAUGUAUAUGAUGGCAUGUAUAGAGCAAUUGAUGGAAUUAAAAAAAUUUUCAAGGACAAGAAGAGACUAUGGGAGCCUUAUGUUAAUAUUAUCAAGGAUCGUUGGGAUAAUCAAUUCUAUAGAGAUAUUCAUGCUGCUGCUUAUUGGUUGAAUCUUGCAUUCCAAUAUGACACAUCCACUCUUAAUAAGAGGCUAGAGACACAAUUUGCUGUGACAGAUGUUAUUGAGUCAAAAGUUUCAGUUGGUCGGUUGAAGUUGGUGGAGGAAUUAAGGCUAUUUCGAGAGCGUGAACAAACUUUUGGAACUCAACUUGCUCAAGAAUCAGCCAAGACAUCUCAGCCGGAUGAGUGGUGGAAGUUGUUUGGAUCUUGUGCUCCAACCUUACAAAAGUUUGCAAUUCGGAUCCUUAGCCAAACAGCUGCCUCUUCGGGAUGUGAGCGGAAUUGGAGUGCUUUUGAACAAAUACAUACCAAAAGAAGAAAUAGAUUGGAGCAUCAACGACUUAACGAUCUUGUAUUUGUUCAUUAUAACUACCGAUUGAAAGAAAGAGUCAAAAGGAAGAAGUUCAAUUUUGAUCCUAUUGACUAUGCAAGUAUCGAUAAAACUGAAUUUUGGGUAGUGGAAGAUGAGGAACCUCCAUUUCUUGAUCAUGAGGAGAUAGAAAAUGCAUUAUAUGAAGAGGGAGCCUAUCCAAUUGAAGAAGGGUCUUCUAGCCAUGUACAAAGAGAUAUGGACAAUGAAGUGAUUGAGGAUGAUGAUGAUGACAUUAAUUUGGAAUCAUUUGGUGAUGAAGAUGAUGCUCCACCCGGAUUUAGAGAUAAAAAUCAUCCUAUUCAUGUUGAAGUUGAAGAAGAUGAAGAUGAGGAUGAUGAUGAUGAUGCUAGUGGUGGAGCAUUUGGUUCACAUGAUGAUAUUGAUUUUAAUUUUCUUCAUGACAAAUGA